UCCAAACACAAUAAACAUGUCUCGGUUUGAAGCAGAAAAUGAGGUUAAAAGCAUCAUUUCUGAGAUACUGGAGGAGUGUUUGAAAAGAGGACAUUCGUUCAGUGAAACUCUGGUGGCUUUCAUGGUGAAAUCUGUGGUGUUGAAUCCAACAAACUGUUUCAAUGUGGACAGGAGGCUGACCCAACAUGACAUCCAGAGACUCAAACAGCUCUGCCUGGAUAAGCUUACAGAGGACUGCAGCCCAAGUCUGGAUACAAUCAAAAUGCAACUUUAUUUUGACAUGAACUACACCUCUCGAUGUGAAUUUCUGGCUGAGAUCCAUCGGCUGCUGGACUCCAAGCUAAGUGGAUUGAGUAGAGGAAUUACAGACAUCAGAGCAAAAUCCAGGGAAGAUUUCCACGCUUUGUAUCAUCAAAUCAUCACAUACAUCCUGCUGCGAUCUGGAACAGGCUCGCCCACAGAUUUAGGCAGUGUUCUGGAAACAGACGCUGCCCUGGAGAGUGUCUUACCCCUGGCUGAGCUGGGAGCUUUCCUGGUGCUGGUGAAGAAAGACAAGGAGCAGGAAUUGAGAGAACUCACUAUGAUUGUAACGGGAAUCCGACUCUUCAUUGAAGCCAGCAAGCAAGACGAGGAGCUUUUAGGCAUCCAGACAUUAAUGCCAGCAGUUCUUAAAGAAGGACUUCAAAUCCGUGAUGAAAGCAUCAGAAAUGAACUGAGCACCACACAGUGUUUGGUGUGGAGGUACACAGCUCUGCUGGAGAAGUUAACAAAUCCUGACACCCAGUCGGGGCUGCUUGAUUUCACCCAAAUCAAACAGGCUCUCUACAAUGUCAGGCAGCAUGAAGUUUUCCUCAAGAUCUUACUGGCUGAUGCGUCCAUAUGUUUCAGUAAUAUGGAGAGUCAUCAGGCAAAGCUUUCUUCUCUGUUAAAGCAGCUGAAAGAACUUGUGCAGGACAAUGAGCCGCUGCCACGUUCAACUGUUUUUCCUUUGUUCAAAUCUGUAUCAAAACUGUGGUUGGAGCUUCAGGAUGAGGCCCAACUGCUGAACAACCUGAAUAAGAUCGCAGUCAGUCUGAAGCCCUUCCUGGUCUCUCAGGCUAAGAUGUUUUCAGAAGCAUGUCUGGAGAGCCUGCUGGAAGCAGCAGAAGUGAAGACAGAUAACCAGAGGAUAGCAGCAUCCUCAGAUGAACAGAUUGAUCCGGACCUACUGAAGUCACAGCAAUGGCUCCUCCCUCACACAGCUGACAGCUUCACUGGGCUGCCGCUCCAGUAUAAUGGAUUCUGUGCUUACAUGCUUGUGAAGAGAGAUGGUCUCCUACUCCCAGUGGCCACGCUCAAGGAUGUCUGCGUUCUCCAAAGUGUCUCUGCCCUCGGACUGAUUUUCUCCCAGCGCAAAGGAGAAUGUGUUUUGACAGGACACGAUAACUCUGGAAGUAGUAUCAUGAAACCUUUGACUCACAGCUCGUCAUCCAUAAGGAAAGACGACGGCUGGAGUUCGGGACAGUGGUGGAGGCUUCUCCGUGGUUCAUGGGGCGAGUGGUAA